AUGUCGUCGCUUAUCAUAUUACCGUCCCGAACCGAUGCGUUCUCAGCUUAUCAACCCAGUAAGAACGCGCAUCUCGAUUUCAUCUCAGCCGUGGAUCUAGGCAGAGGUGGAUCGUCUGGAUCAGGAUCGAGCAAAGAUGGAGUGAAGACUGUCAAAUUGAACAUAUCAGUCAAAACAUCUCCUCCACCUCCAAACGAACUACUUCGCUCUCUACUUUCCUCCAUCCCUGCGAUCUUAUCGGGGACUCCAACGAAGGAAUCCUACCAUACUUUAUCGCAUACAUGUCAUAAAUUAGUUUUGCAGCCUCAUACUCUCGGACCUACCAUCUAUGGGAGGGUCAAAGAGGAACUGGAAAAAUAUGCAAGUGGGUUGGUAAGGGAAUGGAGAGGCAGUAUAUUAUCGAGACAGGAAGGUUGGUUGGGUCGUUUGGUCGAAGGAUGGAAUCAAUGGGAGAAAAGAAUCAACCUCCUAUCAGCCAUAUUCGUAUACCUCGAUCGAGUUUAUUCGAACCCCAUUAAUGGGAUCGCAUCAAUCAAGGAACUGUCCAUUAGCACGUUUAGAAAGGUGGUAUGGGAGAAUGAAAUCAUACUUGAAAAGACUAGGUCGGAUGUGUUAGCAUGGUCAACCAAGGAAAGGGAACGAGAUAGCCCCCUUGAGGAUGCGCGACCAACAAUCCAACAUGUUACAUCCAUCUCCAAAAUCUUAGAGACAUUUGUAGAGAGUAUUCAAAAUCCAUUUAUAGAACUUACCACCGAAUACUACUCUACUUCUGCUCAAGAAAAGGUCAACCUGGUUCAACGUUCAGACAACGAACUUACGGCGGGCAAAUACGUUGAAUGGGUAUUGGAAAAGGUCAUACAGGAGAAGGCACGUGCCGAAUCAUGUUUGGAUGAGAAUGUUGCGGAACAAGUGGUGAAGGUAGUAAGGAAAGAAGCGGGUGAAAAUGUUGCUGAGCAAGUGGUGAGAAGAGCCCUCGACGAAUCAAUGGACUCGCAAGAUCAGGGAUCCCUCUCGAGAUUAUAUACCUUCUCAACGGAUGUCAACUCGUUCCCCAUCCUGGUGAAAUCACUGGAAGAUCACCUAGAAGCGAAAUUAAAGGCGUUGAUCUCUGAUCCAGCUAAUGAUCCUCAGAUGAUUGACGGGACAUUGAAAGUCAAGAGAUUCACUGAUAAAGCCAUAUCAAGUCUGUUUGAACCUUCUCAAGAUGACGUUAUCAUGCAAGAUAAAGAUGACGAUGCAGAAAAGGACAAGACAGACGGAAAGACCUUGUUGGAAGCUAAGCGAAUAAGGAGGAAUAGGCAAUUCGAGUUGGAGGAAGCUGCUCGGACCGGUUUUAAGAAAGGGAUGGGAAGUAGACAGAAUGCUCCGGCUGAGUGGAUUGCUAAACACCUGGACCUGGCGAUGCGUCGAGGACCGUCUCUAUCAGAUUCAGAAUUUAAUUCGCACUUAGAUGAGAUUAUAGCUCUGAUUGGAUUUACGAAAGACAAAGAUGUGUUCAAAGCCUUCUAUUCGACUCAGUUGGCCAAAAGAUUGUUAUUGGGUAGAUCAGCAAGUGAUGAUAUGGAGAGGAAUAUGAUUGCCAAGCUGCAAAAAGAAAUGGGAGAAGAGUUCACUUCUGGAGAUAUCAUGAUGAAGGAUUUACAAUUAUCAGAAACUCUCGUGAAAUCAUAUCAAUCUGCUCAAGCUAGAGAACCCGAACAAUACAAAGAUGCAGGUAAUUUCACCGCGAAUGUAUUGACCGAAUCAGCCUGGCCGGCAUAUCCAUUGCUGAAAGACGGGUGGAAUUUCCAAUUACCCUCCAACCUCCAAUCGUCCAUCGAUCUUUUCACUUCAUGGUACACCACCCAACAUAAGAAUAGGCAAUUAUCGUGGAGAUUCCAAUUAUCCACCGUCACUUUGACUGCGCGAUUCACAAAUAGUAGUAGAUACGAAAUUGGAGUUAGUCUUUUCCAAGCUGUCGUCCUGUUAUUGUUCAAUGAGGAAGAUACGUUGGAUUUCAGCGAGAUCAAGAAGAGGACUGGUAUCGAAACCCAAGAGUUGGUCCGAACUUUACAAUCCCUUGCAUUAGGUAGGAAGAACACUAGAGUGUUGCUCAAGAAACCACCUGGGAAAGAAGUGAAUCCGACGGAUAUUUUCGCUUGGAAUAAAGGCUUUACAAGCGAUAGAAUCAAAUUUAAGAUCAAUGGUAUACAACAGGAUAUGUCUGCCGAGGAAUCAAGAAAGACGAAUGAACAAAUACAUAUCGAUCGAGUAUCUGUACUGGAAGCUACGAUAGUCAGGAUCAUGAAAGGUAAAAAGAAGUUGAGCCUUCAGAUGUUGAUUGAUAACGUCAUUAGCGAUGUGGUGAAGAGGUUCCCACCUGAUGUCAAGGAGAUCAAGAAGAGGGUAGAAAGUUUGAUUGAAAGAGAGUUCCUUAUGCGGGAUGAAGAAGAGAGAGGGGUGUUACAUUAUCUAGCUUAA